AUAUUUCUCUGGAUCGUUCUAGAGGUCCGUGGCUCCCAAGCUAAUGAGUGAAACAAAUAUAUUGUUUAUUAACGGGCCACGGCCCAUCGUAUUAGGCCAGGUUUACUAGAUUUAUGGUCAACAAGUCAAAUGACCCUAGAUCAUGGAUUCAUGGUACAUGAAUGAAAACGACCAAAAGCCGAGGCGGCCACCAACCACCGAACGUGGGAAGGUCUGGUUUGGGCAAACAUUCGGAAAGAACAAAAAGACUCGGAUAUUGGAGAAGGCAAAUAUAUAUUGGUAUUGAGGUUAAAAAAUUAUUUUUGGCCUAAUGACUAAAACAGUUUGACGACGCUCUUAAGGUUUAUUUAUUCAACGUAGACUAGAUACCAUAGGGCCGUUUUGAAUUGGACCUUUUAAGUUUUGAUUUUAUAUUAAACCGCCAUGUUGUUUAGACGAAAGAUAAAACAAAAGACGUGUCUCUAGCUAAGCUGACCUUCAUAUGCUUUGACAUUAUACAUGUAUUAUGAUCUCUUCUUCUUUUUUUCUUUCGAAAAAAUACACUCGAAUUUAGAAAUAUUUUGAUAUGUAGACUGUAGACACACAUACAUGCAGAAGUGUUCUAAUUACCUGCGCCUACGUGCUGUCAACUCCUACAAAUCCCCAACCGUUAUCUAAGAGAUUAAAUAUACCCCGGCCCUAACUAUAUAAUAUAUCAUAAUUGUUCAAACCAGUGUAUGUAGAAUAGACGAUUCCUUGAACCAUAUAAUUUCAGCUUCAUAUAUAUAAGAUUCCUAAUGUGAAACGAAAACAAAUAUACGAGUCUUGCAUCAUAUAGUUAAUCGUCGUCAAAUAUUAAAGAAGAAAAUGGCAACCACCAAAACCACCGGUCGGAGACUCCGUCCUCCGUCGCCCAAUAUUAACCGGAGCCGGACUAUAAGCUCUUCGAUCUCUCUCCCAGUGUCCUUAAACGCCUCGUUAUCGUCUUCUACUUCUUCCUCCUCUUCCUCUUCGCCAUCCAAUUCAAGCAAGAGAGUGAUGAUAACCAGAUCACACUCUACAACGAGAUCAUCCAGGCCCACCGGAUCAUCCAACCCCAAAUCCGGCGAAAAUAUAAUCCCGGCGAGAAACAGCGCGUCAAGAUCUCACGAGAUAAACAACGGUAGAAGCAGAGAGGCGUUUGCUCAGUACUUAGAUCAACGUGAGCGUGGUAGUCCUCGUAAUAACGCUUCAUCUAGAGGGGUAAAACCGGGAGCGAGCUCACCAUCGGCGUGGGCGUUGUCCUCAGGGAGAGUUUCGACGAUGAAGACAUAUCUGUCCAGCUCAGCUCCGGCGAAUUCAAUGUGCAUGACGCCGCCUGAAUCACCGGUAAGCAAGGCCAAGAUAAGAAGCGGUGGCGGUGGAGCUGUGGCCGGAGUUUUGAAGUACUUCAUGGCGCAGAAGAAAGUAUCUCCGGUCCAAGAGGAGGAUUAUCACCGGUUUAGGGUUUUGCAAAACAGAUUACUUCAAUGGAGGUUUGUUAACGCAAGAACUGAAGCCACUAUGGCUAAACUUAAGAUCAACGUUGAGGAUCAGUUGUUUUGGGUUUGGCUAAGGAUAUACAAAAUGAGGAACUACGUAGUGGAAAAUUUGAUUGAAGUUCAAAGGCUCCGUCAAGAAAUCAAACUAGGUGAAGUUCUCAGCCUCCAAAUGCCUUUACUUAAUGAUUGGUCAAAAUUAGAAGCAAAAAACUCCGAAGCAUUGAGCAAGCUAACUCGAAAACUCCAUGCUUUGUCUGUCCGUUUACCCUUCGUACAUGGUGCCACGAUGGAUGUGGUGUCGAUACAUGAAGAAAUGGUCAUAGCUAUACAAGUCAUGGACGAGAUCGAAGACGUCAUUAUCAAGUUUCUCCCACGACAGGUUGAAAUAAUCCUAUAUGAGCUGACAGAAUUGAUCGGCUUGUUUAAUCAAGAAUUGUUAUAUUUUGAAGAAAUGGACAAGAGUCUUUUCUCCAUUCCUCUCUUUGCGGCGAAGGAGAGGAGUUUGAAGGUCCAUAUUCUCCAGAAGAGUGAAGAACAGAGAAAAAAAAAGUUGUAUAAUAACUCAAAAGUUAGGACAUGUAAUUAAAUGUUAAUAACAUUGAACAUUUUGCAAACUGGAAUGCUGCUUGUUUACC